CAGGACUGUACAUUCCCCAGAAAACACUGACCCCGCUUCACAGUUUCUCUGCUCUGAUUUGCUCCCUCCUUCUUCUUCUGCGUUUUGUUUUUGGCUGAAGGCUCCUCUGUCUCCUUCACUGGAUUUUUCUUCUUCUUUGGUGUGUUGGGGACUGAACCAUGGAGUUGUCGGAUAUCUCUUUCCCCAUCCCUGCCGCUGAUGAUUUCUAUGACGACCCCUGCUUCAACACAAGUGACAUGCACUUCUUCGAGGACCUGGACCCGCGGCUGGUCCAUGUGGGCCUGCUGAAGCCGGACGACUCCUCCUCUUCGUCCUCAUCCUCCCCUUCCUCCUCCUCUUCCUCCUCCCCGUCCUCCCUCCUGCACCUCCACCACCACGCCGAGGUGGAGGACGACGAGCACGUCCGCGCCCCCAGCGGGCAUCACCAGGCGGGCCGCUGCCUGCUCUGGGCCUGCAAGGCCUGCAAGAGGAAGACCACCAACGCGGACCGGCGGAAGGCGGCCACGCUGCGGGAGCGCCGGCGGCUCAGCAAGGUCAACGACGCCUUCGAAACCCUGAAGCGCUGCACCACGGCCAACCCCAACCAGCGGCUGCCCAAAGUGGAGAUCCUGCGGAACGCCAUCAGCUACAUCGAGUCCCUGCAGGCGCUGCUGCGCGGCGGGCAGGAGGACGGCUUCUACCCGGUGCUGGAGCACUACAGCGGGGACUCAGACGCCUCCAGCCCCCGCUCCAACUGCUCCGACGGCAUGACGGAUUUUAACGGCCCGACCUGUCAGUCAACUAGAAGAGGAAGCUAUGACAGCAGCUCUUAUUUCUCGCAGACACCAAACGGUGGUCUGAAGAGUGACCGGAGCUCGGUGGUCUCCAGUCUGGACUGUCUCUCCAGCAUCGUGGAGCGGAUCUCCACCGACAACAGCAGCCUGUUGCCGGCCGCUGACGGCCCUGGGUCACCGCCAACAGACCCGGCCGGUGAGACGGCGGCGCCCGGACCCAUCCAGGUCCCCUCUCCGACUGCCAGCCAGGACCCCAACCUGAUCUACCAAGUCCUAUAGACCCCCACAACUACACACACACACACACACACACACACACACACACACACACACACACACACACACACACAGUGAAAGUGCUAAUUUUUACAAGUUAUUUAGGCUGAACUGAGUCUUCACAACCUGUUUGCAUUAACUGUAAAUUUUUUUAAUGUGGAGUUUUCUCAGAAUCCUUCCACACGUUUUUAUUCUCUGUAGCUGAAUAUAUGGAAGCUCAUUCCUGCCAAAAAAAAAAAAAAGAAAGAAAGAAUGAGCAUAAAAGUGUAAAAAAAAUAUAUUUCUAAUAUUUUCAGGGCUUUUCUGCCACAUCGUUCAAUUUUCAUCAACAAAUAGAGUGAUCCUUUAUAAUCACAAGUUUAAGAUUUUAUAGUCACUGAGCAUGCUCCAUGUGCUGAUGAAGAUCAUGAGACAUGGUUAAAAGCUCUGGAAAAGGGCCUUGAAUUAA